UGUGCUUUGGUUAUUUUUGUGAUGAAUUUGCAUCUCUGUUGCACAAAAACUACUUUGCUGACUCAAAAUGUUUAUCUAGAAGCAACAGAAGAAGUGUCUUUGGACAGCCCAGAGAGGGAUCCAAUACUUUCACCAGAACCUACUCCUGCAAUCACUCCUGUAACACCUACUACAUUAGUAGCUCCCAGAGUGGAAUCAAAAAGCGUGACGGCCCCUGUGAUAUUUGAUAGAUCCAGAGAAGAGAUUGAAGAGGAAGCAAAUGGAGAUUUGUUUGAUAUAGAAAUCAACGUAUCAGAUCCAGAGAAAGUUGGAGAUGGCAUGAAUGCUUACAUGGCAUACAGAGUAACAACAAAGACAUCACUUUCCAUGUUCCACAAAAACGAAUUCUCUGUUAAAAGAAGAUUCAGUGAUUUUCUUGGCUUGCACAGCAAAUUAGCAACAAAGUACAUGCACAUUGGUUACAUUGUGCCUCCAGCUCCAGAAAAAAGUAUUGUAGGCAUGACCAAGGUUAAAGUAGGCAAGGAAGAUUCUUCAUCUACUGAAUUUGUAGAGAAAAGAAGAGCAGCUCUAGAAAGGUAUCUACAACGAACAGUAAAACAUCCAACCUUGUUACAAGAUCCAGAUUUAAGACAGUUCUUGGAAAGUUCUGAGCUGCCGAGAGCGGUUAACACCCAGGCUCUGAGUGGAGCAGGAAUAUUGAGGAUGGUGAACAAGGCUGCCGACGCUGUCAACAAAAUGACAAUCAAGAUGAAUGAAUCGGAUGCAUGGUUUGAAGAAAAACAGCAGCAAUUUGAGAAUCUGGAUCAGCAGCUUAGGAAACUUCAUGCCAGUGUCGAAGCAUUAGUCUGCCACAGAAAAGAGCUUUCAGCCAACACAGCUGCGUUUGCUAAAAGCGCUGCCAUGUUAGGUAACUCCGAGGACCACACCGCUCUCUCUAGAGCUUUGUCUCAGCUUGCAGAGGUUGAGGAGAAGAUAGAUCAAUUGCAUCAAGAACAAGCUUUUGCUGAUUUCUAUGUGUUCGCAGAACUACUUGGGGAUUACAUUCGUCUCAUUGCUGCAGUAAAAGGUGUGUUUGAUCAUCGAAUGAAAUGCUGGCAGAAGUGGCAAGAUGCUCAGGUCACUUUACAAAAAAAACGUGAAGCUGAAGCAAAGCUCCAGCUCGCCAACAAACCUGAUAAAUUGCAGCAAGCUAAAGAUGAGAUAAAAGAGGAAAUUGAAGAGUGGGAGACAAAAGUUCAGCAAGGGGAAAAAGAUUUUGAACAGAUCUCCAAAACCAUUCGCAAGGAAGUGGGAAGAUUUGAGAAGGAGCGAGUGAAAGACUUUAAAACUGUUAUUAUCAAGUACUUAGAGUCAUUAGUGCAAACACAGCAGCAGCUAAUAAAAUACUGGGAGGCAUUCCUACCUGAAGCCAAAGCCAUCGCCUAAACGAAUAUUCCAAAUGACAAGAUACUCUGGAUGUUUGUCCUGGAUAAAUCUAAAUUCCAUAGUGAAAUCACUUUAAAUCAUCCAAAUAAACCACUAUAUAUUUUACAAAUUAACAUGUGGCUUUUUUUAUAUACUACAGCAUUUUAUUAACAAGCUGCAUGUCCCGACCCUCUUUGAAGUGGACUGUGGCAUGAUGUUCUGCAAUACAUUGCUGAAUUGAACACUAUUGUGUCUUAAUACUUGCACUAAAAUGUGCACUGCAAGGCCAGAAAGCUGAUAUUUUUGUUCUUUACAAUACAGUGUUCUGUAGUACGUUUAUCUGAUCUUUAUGAAACAAAUUGAACUGCAUCGAUUAAUGUUCACUUAAACAUUCCUGUACAAAAUCAUGUUUUUGUGAUUAUAGUAAUAAAGGGAUGUACCUUGUGAA